AUGACAGGAACCAGCGUUUUGUCAGACGAGCAGAUAGACGACCUGCUGGCACAGGCUGAAGCCCGCCUGCGGGAGAAGUCAAAGGCCACAGAUGAAGACGAAAUCAGUUUGGAGAUUGUCAAGCCCACGACGACAUCCAGGAAGAUAAUUCCUAAAUUACACCAUGGCCUUGUCCGACCGAAAUACAUCAACGACAAGCAGGGUGUCGCCGAGACCAAUGCCAAAGCCGUCCUUGAACUACAGCAAAGCCUGCUGGUGGAUGGAUUCAGUUCCGUCGAAACGCCUCACAAAUCCAGGAAGGUGAAUGACCAAACCAGUGCGGGCCCUGACUGGUUCGACAUGCCCAAGACACACUUGACUCCUCAAUUGAAGCGCGAUCUCCAACUCAUCGAAAUGCGAUCAGUGCUCGAUCCGCACAGACAUUACAAGAAGAAUAACAGAAAGGGCAAGGUGCCGACAUUCUCACAGACGGGGACAGUCAUCGAAGGCCCUACAGAGUUUUUCAGCGCAAGAAUCAAUAAGAAGGAUCGGUCGAAGAACUUUGUCGAAGAGGCGAUAGCCACCGAGAGACACACCGGGCGAUUCAAGCGGAAGUACAGCGAAAUCCAAGAGACGAAGACAAGCGGCAAGAAGGCACAUUACAAAAAGCUCAUGGCAAAGAGGAGAAAAAGACCCUGA